AUGGCGGCCCCUGCUCGAUCGCUGCCAUGCGGCAUCUACGCCCCUACCAUGACCUUCUUUGACCCCGUCACCGAAGAUCUCGACAUUCCCACCAUCAAGAAGCACGCCGAGCGACUCGUCAAGGCCGGCCUCGCUGGUCUGGUCAUCAUGGGCUCCAACGGUGAAGCCGUCCACUGCACGAGAGAAGAGAAGAUUGCCGUCGUCAAGGCUUCAAGAGAAGCUCUCGAUGCCGCCGGCUUCCAGUCAACACCCGUCCUGUUUGGAGCCACCGAGGGCAGCGUCAGAGGCACCAUUGAGCUGUGCAAGCUCGCAGCCGGGGCCGGAGCCGAGGGCGCUCUGAUUCUGCCUCCGUCAUACUACCGCGCCCAGACCGACGAGGAGUCCAUCUAUAACUACUUCAUUGCCGUUGCCGACGAAAGCCCCAUCCCCAUCAUCCUGUACAACUACCCCGGUGCUGUGUCCGGAGUCGACAUGGACAGCGACCUGCUCAUCAAGCUGGCCCAGCACAAGAACAUCACCGGCACCAAGUUCACCUGCGGCAACACCGGAAAGCUCACACGGGUUGCUCUCGGCACCGACGCCAAGACGCCCUUCCAGGAGGGCUCGGGAUACAUGGCUUUUGGCGGCAUGUGCGAUUUCACUUUGCAGACGCUGGUCAGCGGCGGUAGCGGCAUCAUCGCCGGCGGUGCCAACGUCAUGCCCAAGCUGUGUGUCAAGGUCUGGAACUCGUAUGCCGAGGGCAACAAGGAGGAGGCCGAGAGGCUGCAAAAGAUUCUUAGCCGUGGUGACUGGCCCUUGACAAAGGCUGCCAUUGCCGGCACGAAGCAGGCGAUCCAGAGCUUCUACGGAUAUGGAGGAUACCCUCGUCGGCCGCUUAAGCGCUUGGAGCAGGCUCGCGUGACGGCCAUUGAGGAGGGCAUCCGGGAAGCCAUGGAGGUUGAGAAGUCUCUGUAA